CGCUCUGAGGUCACCCAGGGGCCGCGGCAGUUCCGGCGCGCCGAGGAGGCGGAGGCGGGUGGGGUCGAGCCGAGCCCAGCCGGAGGCAGCUGCGGGAGCCCCUCGCUCGGCGGGCGACGGGAUGGAGCCGGGCCAGGAAGGAGGCGGAGGGUGAGCCGCCCCCCCCCGCCAUCCCGAGGAGGAGGAGGAGGAGGAAGCAGCGGCAGCAGCGGGUGGGGCCCGGCGGCACCGAGCGAGCGCGCGCCUGCCUGCCUGCCUGCCUGCCUGCCUGCCUGCCCGUCCGCCCGCCCGCCCCCGCGGGCCUGGCCGGCCAUGAGAGCCGCCCAGGAGCGCGGCCAGGAGUGCCUUCCCCCCAAGAAGCGGGACCUGCCGGUGGCCGCGGCGCCUCCCGCCGGCGAGGAGCUGGGCCAGGCGGGCGAGCGGGGGCCAGCGGGCGGCGAGGCCCCGGCGGAGUGGGCGGCGGGGGCCAGCGGCAGGCCCGGCCGGGGGCCUCCCCGCUACAGCGAAGGCAGCAGCAGCAGCAGCGGGGCCUCGGAGGCGGUGGCCGGGCUCACCCUGGACCAGUAUGGCUUGCUGUACAAAGUGGCGGUGCCGCCGCCAGCCACCUUCUCGCCCUCGGUGGUGAGCGUGAGCCCGCUGCCCCCGGCCUUCAGCAUGACUUCCCAGCUCAUCUCGCAGCACCCAGGGGUCUCCUACUCGCCCAUCCAUUACACACAGCUGCCCCCAGCCCCCUUGCAGUUUGUGGGCUCGCACUAUUCGGUGCCCUACGCGGUGCCGCCGGGCUUCCUGCCUGGCCACCUUCUGCCGUCUUCUGCUACCCUGGCCGCCUCCCACAUCCCUCACUUGGUGCCCUACGCGCCUCUCCUGGCUGGAGACGCCACCCCUCCACCCCAGGCUGCGCACGGCUACGGCAAGAGUGCAGCACCACACCUUGGGGGCCAGCAUUUGGAUGCGGCAGCAGGCAGAAUUCCUGUCUACUACCAGAUGUCCCGGCUGCCAUCGGGCUAUCCUUCGUUUGAGACUCCUGUUGCUGACCCAAACCCCGAGCAACCUCUGCUCCAGAGUCAGUUGGAUUCCAAAAUAGUCACGGCUAAUGGAGUGCAGAGGCCUGCUGUGGGGCCCAAGGAAAGCAAGGUCCUGGAUUUGGGCAGCAGGAAGGCCGAAGGGCAGUGGCCGACACCAGCCCUCGAGUGCGGCACUGACGGUCCCUUCUUAACCAGUUGUCAGACGGCGAGAACAGAAGCCUCGGUAGCCUCUCAGCGGAGUACCCCAGACACGGACCUGGAGGUGCAGAGAGUGGUGGGGGUGCUCCCUUCUCAGGACUACACUGGCUGUUCUGAUCCACAGAAAGACAAUUUGAGCCCUUUAAAUCUCUCCCAUGGUCAUCCCUUGGAGCAGGAGGGAGAACUGGCAAGGAAUCCAGUGGAAGCUGCUGUGGAGAAGAGCUUCUCACAGAGACUGUCGGCCAAGUCCCCUGAGGAUCAUCUCUGCCCCAGGCAAGUCUUCAAAGGCCUGAUGAUGGUGGCCAACGGCAAGCACCUCUCGGGGUCCUUCCAGCCUGCAGCUGGGGAUGGCCUAGAGAGUGUGAGUCCGGAGGCAUCACCCCAGGGGGCCUCCCGCAAUCCGGAGGGUGGCUCCUCCCAGAGUCACUUGCCCUCCCACUUCAUGAAAGGAGCCAUCAUCCAGUUGGCCACCGGGGAGCUGAAGCGGGUGGAGGAGCUGCAAACCCAGGACUUUGUGCGCAGUGCUGAGGUGAGUGGCGGCCUGAAGAUCGACUCCAGCACUGUGGUGGACAUCCAAGAGAGCCCCUGGCAGGGCCUGGUCACCCUGCAUUUUGUGGUCGGGGAGCAGCAGAGCAAAGUCAGCAUUGACGUCCCCCCUGAGCACCCAUUCUUUGUCUACGGCCAGGGCUGGAGUUCCUGCAGCCCGGAGCGGACGGCUCGGCUCUUCUUGCUCCCCUGCCACCGGCUGCAGGUGGGUGACGUGUGCAUCUCCAUCAGUCUGCAGAGCAUGAAUGGGCGGCUCGCUCUCCAGGGAGCUGCCCGGGAGAGGCCAGGGAGAGGCAGCCAGAGCCUCAGAGAGCCACAAGGCAGAGCUGGGAAGGAAAGCCCGCUGGAGAAGGGUGGGGUGGCAGCCCUGGGCUCCCCUCAGGAGCCCUCCCGCCUGGAGCCUGUUGCUCUGCAUGGCUGGGCAGGCCCCAGUUUCCAAAGAUUUGGGGAGGAGUCCCGGCCCCCUCUGCUCCGCCCCUCGUUCAUUCCCCAGGAGGUCAAGUUGUCCAUUGAGGGUCGUUCCAACGCAGGGAAGUGAAGCCUGGCCAGAGGGCCAAGUGUGUGCCGUGCUGAGCUGGGCUCCUACCAGUUGGGAGACUGCUGCCUUUCCCCAGCCCUGGCUGUGUGCCUGGAAGCAUUCCACUGACAGAGGGUUCCUCCUUCUCUACCACAGGGCGAAGGGGGCAGACUCUGACGGGAGCCGUUUGUGCUCUUCUUCUGUGAGAGAGGAUUGGGACCCUGGCGAUGGCCCUCUCUUUGUAUAAGCACUUUAUAGGACCCUUGCUCACGUACAGCAGGGCGUCUUCUCCAGGGAAGUGUCUGCAGGAGAGAGGCAGGGAAUGCUGGCCUGGGAGGGGGAGCCAAGGGAAGAGGCAGGGUGGUUUCUGCUCAGGUCCAAGUCAAGCUUCUCUUCCCAAAGGGGUGGGCUUGGGCUUGGCAGCUGAGCUCUGGGCAGCAGCCCACCUCCAAGCUCAGAGUUAGGGGAGAAUGGACAGCUCGGCUUGGCCCCCUAGGCUGAGCUUCUCCUCAGGGUGGCCUUUGCAUGCGGUUUCCUCACGCUUGUUGCAUUGAAGUGAAACUGAAUUGCUGCACUGGAUUAAAAGUGAAGGCCUACCAAGUCGGUGACUACUUUGCCCUGCAGCCAGGUGGAGCUAAGGCCCGGCAGGAGGAGAGGAAGGGUGGGGGUGGUGGCGGCAGCCCCACAGGCAGAGCCAGCCCCAUCCUGGGCAGCGGCUGGUGUUCUAGCCCAAAGGGCCAGGGCCAGGUUCUAGGACAUCGGUUUUUGCUUGGCCAUGUCAAAGAGCUGCUGAUGACCCCGGAUUUGUGGAAGCAUCCCCAGUUUUGCACAUCUCUUAUCCUGGGAUUUCCCCACCUCUCCCACCAGGCUGGUCAGGUUGGCGACUGAAGCAGUUGGAGCUGCUCUGGGCACUUAACUAGCUUGCAGGAGGUGUUUUUUUGGUGGGGUUUUUUUUUGGAAGGGGAUUGGAAAAGCCCACAUGGUAUGUACAAAAUCCUUGGGAUCAGCAAAGGAUAUUCAGGUUCUUUUCAUCUCAUUUCAAGCUGAAAAGUGUUCUCCCCUUACUGGAGGAGAGCAAGGGGAAGCUAGCCAGUGGCCCACAGAUCUUGAAUCUGACACACUGGUGCUGGUAGGCCAGAGAGAGAUGCAAACUCCCCCUUGGUCCCCGAUGCCCCCUGCUGACCCAGUCUCUCUGCCCCACCCUUACAGGUGGAGAGUAACUCUCCUUUGGGUGGGUUCCCUCUUGGCCUCUGGAACUGGGUAGGGGUGUGUGUGGCCGGGCUUUCUUCGGCGUUUUCAAUGACUGGGAGUCAAAGCCACCGGCAAUGCAUUUGCAGCCGGAAGCCGCCUUCCCCUACCCAAGAGAGGCCUCUGGGCUUGGUUCCCUUGGGAAACGGAGGCCACGGCUAGCCAGUCCUUGGGGCUGGGGGGCUUCUCUGCCCUUGGAGGGUGGCAGCCGUGGUGCUCUCCCCCGCCUUCUCCUCUAGAGUCUCCUUUCAAGGCCUCCUCCCAGCACUUUGCACUAUUCCCAACAGCAGCCUGUUGGUCCAGACACCCUGCCUUGCUUCUCUCUCAGGCUUCCCUGGCUCUGUCUCAAGCAGCACUGACCUCCAUGAGUCCCCAUGUACAUAUUGGGCCUGGGCUCCCCCCACCCCAGUUGUUGGUGUUGGAGCUGGGGUGUGCCUGCCCUGCCACAGGGCAAGGGGUCACUUUGCUUUUCGGGGAGGGGGGGGGGGCUGGAGGCCCUUGCAUCAUAGCUGAGCUUUAGUGGCUGCAACUUGAUCAGCUGCGCCCCCCCCCUUUCCUGGCAACAGCUCUGUGGCUGUUGAGGCUGAAUUGCCCCCGUUCUGCGGGCAGCCCCAGCCCCCCCCCUUGGCCUGCUUGGUUGCUGGACAGCUCACGGUAUGGGGCUGCAAGUGGGGCUGCCGGGGACAGGGCGGGCCAGUUUUCCAGAGCAAUAAGCUAUUUCUCUUGUGCGACACUACAGAGGGACCUCUUGCCCAGCUCUGGUCAGUAUUCGGGGAGGGUUCCCUGAUAUGCAAUAGAGUGGGCUUACAGCAGCCCGGCUGUGUCCUCAGCCGCCCGGUGGGGUGGGUGCCUGGCAAGGGGGAGGGCGCUGAACCCGUGGCUGCUGGAGAGCUGUCUUUCAGCCGGGCUCCCGUCAAGGACCCUUUUCACCCUGAGCGCUCCCGCUUCUUGGUUGCCGGGUGUCUCUGUAGCCCCUCCUUGCAAGAGCACACGUGCCUUUCCCGGACAUCGGCUGCCCCGGAAGUGUUUGGACUGGCACUCUGGCCCAGCGGCUGGCUCCCCGUGGAGGAGGCCACCCCCUCUGCAGUCCCUUGCAUAGCACCUUAGUCAGGGUAGGCGUCCUCCCUGGAUGCAGCGGGCGUGGGGCGUGUUGUGUGCGCGUAGCAGCCCUGCCCUCAACCCUGCCUCUUCUCUGAAGCCUUAGAAUUCGCCCAGGGCCCAGCACCUCUUCUCCUGCCCCUGCCCUUGGACGAAGCAUUACCAGUCCAAGGAGGAUAAUCUAUUUUGUUGUGCUUUUUUGUACCUGUUUAAAUAAAUCAAUUUGUACUGUAUAUUUGUACUUUGGGUGAGAUCCUUUCCCGUUUUACCAUUUAAAGUCUCUGUACACACAGAUUGUAUUUUUAUUGUUAACGCUCUUAUGAAUAUUGCAUUUAACGUUGACUAUGUAAACACAGUAUAUAUAUAUAUCUAUAUAUACAUAUCUCUCUCUAUAUAUAUCUAUAUAAUUAUAAGCCAAUAGCUUUUC